AUGAUGUGUGGGAGGUUGAACAGUUAUAGUUGGAUAUCAUUUAAACUAUAUGUUUUCCAUUUCAGAGGUGCGGCAAAUAGGAGCCAUAUUCUUGAAGAUUUUCGUAACAAUCGAGCACCUCCGUUGCAAAUUACUGAUAUCUUGUCUCAUGUCGUAGACUUCGCGAAAGAUCAACAUGGUUCGAGAUUCAUACAACAAAAGUUGGAGCGGGCUUCUGAUAAAGAAAAACAGUUGUUGUUUGAAGAGGUACUUGCAAAUGCUCACGUGCUUAUGGUGGAUGUGUUCGGGAACUAUGUCAUUCAGAAAUUCUUCGAAUUUGGCACACCUGAGCAAAAAGCUGCUCUCGGUCGUUCACUGAAAGGAAACGUGAUGAAUCUUGCGUUGCAAAUGUAUGGCUGUCGAGUUAUUCAGAAAGCAAUGGAAUCGAUUGAUGAAUCGAUGCAGUUGGAAAUACUUCGCGAAAUGGAGGGUCAUUGUGUUAAAGAUCAAAAUGGUAAUCACGUGGUACAAAAGGUUAUUGAGAAGGUUAAGCCAGAGCGCCUUCAAUUUAUCAUAAAUACUUUUACAAAAAAUGGCUCAGAUACGAUUACUCAGCUUUCGACACAUCCUUAUGGCUGCAGGGUCAUUCAGAGGGUAUUGGAAUAUUGUUCUGAAGAACAAAAGCGGCCUGUGUUGGAAGCGUUACAUGCGAACAUGAGCACUUUGAUAGUCGACCAGUAUGGAAAUUAUGUCGUACAGCAUGUUCUUGAACAUGGAAGUAAUCAAGAUCGCGACCGUAUAGUUCAGGAGGUGGCGGGCAAUGUUCUACGAUAUGCACAACACAAAUUUGCCUCGAACGUGAUUGAGAAAUGUUUGAUCUGUGCCGUAAGUUUCUUCAAUGUUUGUCGGCUUGGAUGUCAUUUAGGAUUCCCACUGCCACCAAUUUUGCUUAUGAUGAAAGAUCAGUAUGCGAACUACGUUGUGCAGAAAAUGUUGGAUAUAGCCGACCCAGUUUAUCGCAAGAAGAUGAUGUACGCUAUAAAGCCACACAUACCGGUGUUGCGAAAAUAUAACUACGGAAAACACAUUAUCAGUUAG